GGCUGAUUAAAAUGCCUUUUAUUUUGGCAAUUGCUCAAAGAUCAAAGAAUAUCCAGACACCUUAGAUGCAACACUUGUUUGUUUAACAUGUCUGAGGCACUGUGAUGGUCAAGAUUCCAGAAUGGUGAAGCCAUUUCGGAUGGACAAACAAACUUUCACAGUGAUUUUGGAGAAAGAUCAUGCUUUCCCCUGGAUAUAAAGAACUUUCGUUUUAACAAACAUCAGCUGUGCUCCACCCAGAAGUUCUGUUCCAAGCACAGUCUGAGGUGUUUCUUGCCAACACUCCGAAAACCAAAUCGGACUGCGUCAACCACAUGGUAGGCUGGGUGCUAUCCUUUAAGCUACUCAAACGUCACUCAUUCGCCGACUGUCAAAAAAGGAAAAAAUAAUAAUUUUGUUGCAAAAUGAAAGACCAAAAUUUUGUGUCCUAUUUGGUGGAAUUUUGUGUAAAGCUGAAGCUGAAUACGCCCAAAUACCGAUUUGUUACGGAAGCAAACAGAGAAUUCAGCUGCAAUGUAGAGCUGCAGGAUAUCCAGGGCUAUGGCAGGGCCCGUUCGAAACAGUCUGCGGCCCAUGUGGCGGCCAGGAAUGUUUGGACGCACAUAAUAUUGCUGCCUGUCGUCCGAGUGCUGCUACAGGAAAAGGAUUUCAAGCCAUAUAUCCGCGAGGGGGAUAUCUUCUGGGAGAUUCGUUUGCUCAAGACGAAGCAAUUCAGGAAUCUGCGGGAGCUGCUCGUCCUGGUGGACAAAUCCAUCGGUAAUAUUUGGCAAGGAUCUGUGGAACUGAGCAGCUUGUCAGUACAGGCAACCACUGAGGUGCGAAUGGGGGACAGAGUCUGGCAGAAUGUCCCCAUCGUCGAGGUCACAGAAACACUUUUCUUCGAAACGCUUACCCUCCCGGUAGUGCUAGUGAGCAGCAGAUCGAAAGAGGUGAUAGUCAGCAGUGUACUCGACAGCACGGAGGAUCCAGAGACCAGUAGCUUGGAAAUAUGCCCUAUUCCAAUGGUUCCAGAGGUGCCAGUAAGCAAGGCUCAGGGGUCCGCCAGUGUGGGUCCUGCCUGCCCAGCCCUGGCGAUGGAUCCUACCGUUCCCCAGGACGUACAUGCGGAUCUCCACGCCGAUGCCGAAGCAAUAGAAACAAUCAAGCUAGAAGAGGUCGCCAUUCCCGUGAGUCCAGUCUUCGAAACAAGGGCCACCGUUGUACAAAAGUCGCCCCCUGUGGAGGACAUCGUGAAGACUGAAGAAGACAUGGAAAAACUUCGCAUAUUCCAGACCUACCGUAAUAUCACCAAAAAAAACGACCCAGAAACUAAGCCCGUCCGAAGGUGCGAUUAUGACGACUACUUCAUGAACUUGCCCAAGGACCUCAAGAAGGAGGGCUUUAAAGUGAUCAAUUCCAACGACUUUAAGACUGCGAAGGAGAAGGCAAUCAGUCUUCUGAACGCUUUAAAGCUGCCUCAUACCUUCAGCCAAGUGAAAUCCAUUUCCGGUAGGACAAUGAUCAAACUCGAACUCGACUGCAACUACAAUGGCAUAUGGAUUGACUUUGAGACCGAUAUUUAUAGCCACUUCAUUGAGUAUAUGGUGGAUAUGCUUGAUUAGGGUUACUUACUGAACAGAAAACAACUGAAGAACAAUACUAACAUAACUAUCUACACAGAAAUACCAGAAUCUAAUCAUCCAUGUGUGUACCUGAUCUACCAGAACCAAUUGUGAUCAUCUUGCACUUAUAUGAUCCAAUCCUAUACCAUUAUGUGAUCUUAUACUUAUUUGAAAUACCUCAGAGCAGUUUGGCAGCUCAAUAAAAGCACUUUAAUAAAGGCCGAUUAAAUAGAA